ACAUACACAGCCGAGACCAAAUUAGAAGAAUGGUCACCAAUAUCCGCUUGUUCCAUGCAAAGAAAAUGCAUACUACGUCGAGAGUACUGCCAGUUCCAAUGACGUGGCUCGUUUUCACACUCCUGCUCUCAUCAGUGGCCGCAGCCGCAGAGACGGUGAAAGUGAUCACCACCCCCGUCUUCGCUCAGAUCCCUCGAUUUCAGUCAAGCAAAGACUUCCAGGUGCUGGUGCGCGUCGAGGCGCCACCGGCGGCGCAGCAGCAGAGGCGCGUCCCAAUCGACCUCGCCGUGGUGCUCGACGUGGGCACCGGCCCGGUGAGGCUGGACGCAGUGAAGAAGGCCGUCAAGUUUAUCAUCAGGCAGAUCCACGACGACGACCGUGUCGCCGUCGUUGGGCCGUCGUCCAACAGUCGGCUAGUCACCGGGUUUCUGAGCACUCGUGAUGCUCGACGGGAUGCCGAAAACUCCGUCGACGAGCUCGAGCCUCGUGGCGAGUUCACAUCUGGCGCCGGCGCCGGCUUGGAGGAGGCCAUCAAGAUCCUAAGGGAGCUACCGGCGACGGAGAGCCGGAGCAGCCGCGCCCGCGCGCGCUUCAUCAUCUUGGUGACGGACGCGGCGACGACGGAGGCCAGCAACAGAUUCAGCAAGCUGCCGCGCGAGGACCUGCCCCCGGUGCACACGUUGGGCCUCGGCGCGGCGUACGACCCCAGGGCGCUGCUCUACAUCGCCAGCGAAUCCCAGGGCACCUACUCCUUCGUCGACGACGACGACACGGACGGCAUCACGGGCGCCAUCGCCGUCUGCCUCAGCGGGCUCAAGGACGUGGUCGCCGUCGGCACGCGCGUCCGCGUCGAGGCGCCCCUCGGGAUCACGAUCGAGAGGAUCGAUUCGGGGGGAUACAUGACUAGCCCCGUCACCAGAGACGAGAAGGCGUCCGGCGAGGUCGCCGUCGGCGUCCUCUACGCCGGCGAGGUGAAGAGCUUCAUCGUCCACCUCAGCGUGCCUGCUCUGCCUUCGACGACGACAGCGAUGACCUCCCUCGACGGCGGCUGCGACAAGCAACAGCUGCUCACCACCAGCUUCAUCGGACACUACACCACCAGCGACGAAGAAGAUGCUGCGGGUGCGGCUCCAGCUUCUCCAAGUCCAACGGUGACCCAAGCAAUCUUGUACGUGCAAAGGCCGCCGCCGGAAGCCAUGGACGGCACGCUGCAGAGAGUCCCCGUCCCCGUGGUGAUGAACCACAUUGCACGGUUCGACUUGCUGGAAAUGGUGACCACCUUCGUCAACAAGGAAAUCGGGCGGCUUACUUCUUCCAACACGGUGGAAGUGGCGGCGAAGCUGCGCAUCCAGUGGGAGCAGUUCGUGCAGGCGCGGCAGUUCUGGAGCGGCCUGGACCUGGGAGUCCUCGACGUCGAGGUCAACAGGAUGGUGAGCAUCCUAGAAGAACCAGCAGGAAGAGGACGAACCAGAAGCGGCUCGUCGUCGACGGCGUACAUGCUGUCGUGGCUGUCGAGCUACCAGAUGCAGCGGCCGACGGCCAUGGGCUCUCCGGGCAGCGUCGCCGCCGCGUUCGUCACCGUGAACAUGCAGCUCAUGUUGCAGCAGGCGACGAUCGUCACGACGGGUGCUCCACUAUGCGUCGACGGCGGCUGCCCGGCGUGCGAGUGCAGGUGCGAGGAGGAGCGCUGCGUGCAGCCACUGCCGCCGCCGGUGCUCGUGCCGUCCGGGCGCGGCGACGACACCUUCCGCGUCAACCCCGUGUACCCGCAGGACGUAUUGUUCAACGCCAUUAACCAAGCAAUGAAGCACAUGUACCUGGCGUUGGUCCAGGCGAGCAAUCUCACGCGAUGCGACGCUGCUGCCGGCCUCGAGGUUCUGCCGGCAUGAUCCGGCGAGCGACGACGAUCGAUUGACGGAGAAUUUUAUUAACUACUACCCUUCAUAAUGCCGACCCAUCAUCUAGCUAGGGUCCUACCGUAUACCGUCCUGCUAGUACGGAAACAAAAACUACCGUUCAUGGUGUGCUUGCGAUUUUAUUAACUACUCCGUUUAUAAGUACUGUACAACCAAGCUUGUGAGUUGUGAUUAAUAAGCAAUCGAUCAUAUGCAUUUGAGAUAUUUCGAUAACUAGUAUAUGCGUUACUGUACAACCAAGCUUGUGAGUUGUGAUUAAUAAGCAAUCGAUCAUAUGCAUUUGAGAUAUUUC